AUGUCUCUGGUGCAACACGUGUCUUCCAUCGACGGUGUUGAUCGUGAACCCGAACCAGACUUGGUUGACGACUACGACAUUCGUUCCAUACGCCGCAAGAUCAGCUACGAUGUCCUUCAGCCUCCGAACGAGGCUAUCCCGGUCGCAGAAUUACGACCUGGGACACCAGCAUACAAACAUUCCCCUGCAAAGAGAAUAAUUCAGGUCGUCGUCACGGUGCUCGUGUGCUGGGCCGCGUCGGGGAUCGUGUUUGGGUUCGCUGCGCUCAAGCCUAUUUUGGUCGAGGAAGGUGUGUAUCAUGAGCGCUGCACACCUGCUGAGAUAAACGAAGGCCUGGAACUGUGUGCGCGACAAGAUCUCAGACUUAAUCUGUUUUUCACCAUCGCUUCGAUAACUGCCAAUGUCUCUGCUCUUCCGGUCGGCACGAUCCUCGAUCGGUGCGGGUCACGCGUUUGCUGGCUCAUCGGCAGCGUACUGCUUGCUAUUGGCGCUGUCAUCAUGGCGCUGGCGUUUCGGAAUUCUGGCUUCGAUGGCUAUAUCGCGGGGAACUUCUUACUCGCUCUAGCUGGCACCUUUCUGUUUGUUCCCUCGUUCCAAAUCGCGAACGCAUUUCCUAAACAUGCAGGGUCAAUUGUCGCUCUAGUGACUGGUGCAUUUGACGCCUCUGCUGCUGUCUUCCUCUUCUACCGACUUAUUUAUGAGGCGUCAGGCAGAUCGUUCGCUCUGCACAAGUUCUUCCUAUGCUAUCUGAUAGUCCCAGUGGGGAUCCUCAUCGCACUGAUGACUAUCAUGCCGGCGCACGAUUAUGUGUCAACUCUGCAAUUGGCAAACAAAAUAGAAGAGGCAGAAGAUGCCAUGCACGACGUCCACGACUCCGAUGACGAGAUAGAGACCAGGUCGGAACUAAAUCGAGUACGAAAGAAGAGGGCGGAGCUAAGAAGGAAGCAGAUCUGCGAGAUCGAUGCGGUGCUCGGCAAUAAAGACGAGCGUCAAAUACGUGCAGAGCGAGAAGAGGAUCGCCAACAGACAAGUUGGGUCUGGGGUGUAUUGCACGGUCUCCCAGCGCAUAAGCAGAUGGCCACGCCUUGGUUUGUCCUGAUCACGCUGAUGACUAUAUUGCAGAUGGUGCGAAUGAACUAUUUCAUUGCGACGAUUCGCUCACAAUAUGCGUAUAUGCUUGGGUCGAUCGAGGAGGCAGAUAAGAUCGGUGCCUUUUUUGACGUCGCGCUGCCGGUCGGGGGUGUCUUGUUCACGCCUGGGAUAGGGUUUCUCCUUGAUCGUCUCAGUGUGCCUAUGAUGCUUGGGCUUAUUGUGGUUUUCACCACGGUUAUCGGCGUGCUGAAUUCCAUUCCGGCAGUUUGGGCUGGAUACCUCACCGUGUUGCUUUUUGUCUUACUCCGGCCACUUUACUAUUCGGCCAUGUCUGACUAUACGACCAAAGUGUUCGGGUUCGCCACUUUUGGCCGAGUUUACGGUGCCAUCAUCUGUCUCUCGGGGAUCGCAAACUUCUCCCAAUAUGGUCUCGAUACAUUGACGCAUCAUACUUUUGGCGGAAACCCAAUUCCCAUCAAUGCUGUCUUGGCGGGCGUGGGAUUCAUUGUCGGGUCCUCCCUCGUGGUCUUUGUUUUCGUGUCCGUGAAACAACCGAGAGAGCAAGAUCGGGCGGACGAGGAGCAUGAAAGACUUUUAUUGGAAGAGGAUGAAGGAUACGAGGAGGAACCAAGUUACGGCGCAUUGAACUAG